CACGUCUCCACACGAUGUCUAAGCGGAAGUCCGUCACGAUGGACGACGUCGACGGCUUCAGCGCGGCGCAGCUCUUCGGGCAAGGCGUGUGCUACACGUACGACGACGUCAUCUUCCACCCCGGGCACAUCAACUUCGCGGCCACGGAGGUGGACCUCACGACGAAGCUCACGAAGAACAUCACGAUCCGCACGCCGAUCGUGUCGUCCCCGAUGGACACCGUCACCGAGGCGGACAUGGCGAUCGCGAUGGCGUCCGUCGGCGGCGCCGGUUUCUUGCACUACAACAUGACCCAAGAGGAGCAGAUCGCCAACCUGAAGGCGGUCAAGGCGCACCGGCUCGGGUACGUGACCCGACCGGAGGUGGUCUCCCCCGACGCGACGCUCGAGUUCCUGGACGAGCUCGCGACUCGACGCGGGUUCACGUCCGCGUGCGUCACGGACACCGGAGCCGUCGGCGGGAAGCUGCUCGGUCUCGUGACGUCGAGAGACGCCGAGCUCGUCGCCGACCGCUCGACGAAAGUCGUCGACGUGAUGACAUCCGCGAGCGACUUGCUCGUCGGGUCCGCGACUGACGGCGUCGCGGCGCUCGAGGAGUUACUACUGAAGAGCAAGAAGGGGAAGAUGCCGGUCGUGAACGCGGAGACCGGGGAGCUCGUCGGGUUGAUCACGCGCGCGUCGAUCAAGCAGAAGAAGCUCCUGCCGCCGCCGGGCGCGCCGAGCCUGGAUAAGAAAGGGCGACUGCUGUGCGGCGCCGCGAUCGGGACGCGGCCGGCGGAUCGCGACCGCGCGGUGGCGCUCGCGGCCGAGGGCGUGGACGCGCUCAUUCUGGACUCGAGUCAGGGCGACAGCACGUACCAGAUCGAGAUGGUUAAGUUUUUGAAGAAGACGAUUCCAGAGGUGGACGUCAUCGCCGGGAACAUCGUGACGCAAAACCAGGCGCGGCGUUUGCUCGACGCGGGCGCGGACGCGCUCCGCGUCGGCAUGGGCUCCGGCUCGAUCUGCACGACGCAGGAAGUGUGCGCGGUCGGACGCGGGCAAGCGACCGCGGUGUACAAAGUCGCGAACCUCGCGGCGCAGUACGACGUUCCGAUCAUCGCGGACGGAGGGAUCCAAAACUCUGGGCACGUCACCAAGGCGCUGACCCUCGGCGCGUCCACGGCGAUGUGCGGGAGCAUGUUCGCGGGGACCACGGAAGCGCCGGGGGAGUACUUCUACGUCGACGGCGUCAGGGUGAAGAAGUACCGCGGGAUGGGGUCGCUCGACGCGAUGAAAAAGGGGAGCGACACGCGGUACCUCAGCGAGAGCGGCCACCUGAAAGUCGCGCAGGGCGUGUCCGGCACGGUGAAAGACAAAGGGUCCGUGUGCAAGAUGGUGCCGUACUUGAUUCACGGCGUGAAGCAAGGGUUCCAGGACAUGGGCGCGAAGAGCCACGCGCACGCGACGGAGUUGAGAAACGCGGGGGACAUGCGCGUGGAGACGAGAACGGGCGCCGCGCAGGCGGAGGGUGGCGUGCACGACAUGCACUCGUACAAGAAGGUUCUCUGGUGAUCGCCGCGACGACGCGACGCGACGCGACGGGACGCGACGAACGCGACGAAACGCGACGAAACUCGGGUCAGAGAGAGAGGCGAGGCGUCGCGCGGGGCGGGAGGAGGCGUGUUCGCGUGAGUUGAUUGUAUUGUGACGAGCUGAGAGAGCGUCGCGCGUUUCGCGGUUCGUUCGUUC